CGGACGUGGGCGCAAACAUGUCCGGAGAGGUGCGCCUGCGGCAGCUGGAGCAGUUCAUCCUGGACGGGCCCGCUCAGACCAACGGGCAGUGCUUCAGCGUCGAGACGCUGCUGGACAUCCUCAUCUGCCUGUACGAUGAGUGCAACAACUCUCCGCUCCGAAGGGAGAAGAACAUUCUCGAAUACCUGGAGUGGGCCAAACCAUUUACUUCUAAAGUGAAACAGAUGCGUCUACAUAGAGAAGACUUUGAGAUAUUGAAGGUGAUUGGUCGAGGAGCUUUUGGAGAGGUUGCUGUAGUGAAACUGAAAAAUGCAGAUAAGGUAUUUGCCAUGAAAAUAUUGAAUAAAUGGGAAAUGCUGAAAAGAGCUGAGACAGCGUGUUUUCGUGAAGAAAGGGACGUGUUAGUGAAUGGAGAUAAUAAAUGGAUUACAACCCUGCAUUAUGCUUUCCAGGAUGACAAUAACUUAUACCUGGUGAUGGAUUAUUAUGUUGGUGGGGAUUUGCUGACUCUGCUCAGCAAAUUUGAAGAUAGACUGCCCGAAGAUAUGGCUCGGUUUUACCUGGCUGAGAUGGUGAUAGCAAUCGACUCCGUUCAUCAGCUGCACUACGUACACAGGGACAUCAAACCUGACAACAUAUUGAUGGACAUGAAUGGACAUAUUCGGUUAGCAGAUUUUGGUUCUUGUCUGAAGCUGAUGGAAGAUGGAACGGUCCAGUCUUCAGUGGCUGUUGGAACUCCAGAUUAUAUCUCUCCUGAAAUCCUUCAAGCCAUGGAAGACGGGAAAGGCAGAUAUGGACCUGAGUGUGACUGGUGGUCUUUGGGCGUCUGUAUGUACGAAAUGCUUUAUGGAGAAACACCAUUUUAUGCAGAAUCUCUGGUGGAGACAUAUGGAAAAAUUAUGAAUCAUAAAGAGAGGUUUCAGUUUCCAGCUCAAGUGACCGACGUGUCUGAAAAUGCUAAGGAUCUUAUUCGAAGGCUCAUUUGCAGCAGAGAACACCGACUGGGUCAGAACGGCAUAGAAGACUUUAAGAAACACCCCUUUUUCAAUGGAAUCGAUUGGGAUAAUAUUCGAAACUGUGAAGCACCUUAUAUUCCAGAAGUUAGUAGCCCCACAGAUACAUCCAAUUUUGAUGUGGAUGAUGAUUGUUUAAAGAACUCUGAAACGAUGCCCCCCCCCACACAUACCGCCUUUUCUGGCCACCACCUGCCGUUUGUUGGUUUCACAUACACUAGUAGCUGUGUUCUUUCUGAUCGGAGCUGUUUACGAGUGACAGCCGGGCCCGCUUCCCUCGACCUGGAUGUCAACGUUCAGAGGACUCUGGACAACAACUUGGCCACGGAAGCUUAUGAGAGAAGAAUUAAGCGCCUUGAGCAGGAAAAACUUGAACUUAGCAGAAAGCUUCAAGAGUCAACACAGACUGUUCAAGCGCUGCAGUAUUCAACUGCUGACGGUCCACUCACGGCAAGCAAAGAUUUAGAGAUCAAAACCUUGAAAGAAGAAAUUGAAAAACUAAGGAAACAAGUAAGAGAAUCAAGUCACUUGGAACAGCAACUUGAAGAAGCCAACGCUGUGAGGAGAGAGCUAGAUGAUGCUUUUAGGCAAAUCAAGGCUUAUGAAAAACAAAUCAAAACACUACAACAAGAAAGGGAAGAAUUAAACAAGGAACUAGUCCAGGCUAGUGAGCGAUUAAAAAACCAGUCCAAAGAGCUGAAAGACGCACACUGUCAGAGGAAACUGGCCAUGCAGGAAUUCAUGGAGAUCAAUGAGCGGCUAACAGAGUUGCACACCCAAAAACAGAAACUUGCUCGCCAUGUCCGAGAUAAGGAAGAAGAGGUGGACCUAGUGAUGCAAAAAGUUGAAAGCUUAAGGCAAGAACUGCGCAGGACAGAGAGAGCCAAGAAAGAGCUGGAAGUUCAUUCAGAAGCUGUGGCUGCUGAAGCAUCUAAAGACAGGAAAUUGCGUGAACAGAGCGAGCACUAUUCUAAGCAACUGGAAAAUGAAUUGGAGGGACUAAAGCAAAAACAAAUUAGUUACUCACCAGGACUGUGCAGCAUAGAACAUCAGCAAGAGAUCACCAAACUAAAGACUGAUUUAGAAAAGAAAAGUAUCUUUUAUGAAGAAGAAUUGUCUAAAAGAGAAGGAAUACACGCCAAUGAAAUUAAAAACCUGAAGAAAGAACUUCAUGAUUCAGAAGGCCAGCAACUUGCUCUCAACAAGGAAAUUUUGAUUUUGAAAGACAAAUUGGAAAAAAACAGGAGAGAGAGUCAAAGUGAAAGGGAAGAAUUUGAAAACGAGUUCAAACAACAGUACGAAAGAGAAAAAGUGUUGUUAACUGAAGAAAAUAAGAAACUGACAAGUGAACUUGAUAAGCUCACCACCUUGUAUGAGAACUUAAGUAUACGCAACCAGCAGUUAGAAGAGGAGGUAAAAGACCUGGCAGACAAGAAAGAAUCGGUUGCACAUUGGGAAGCUCAAAUCACGGAAAUCAUUCAGUGGGUCAGUGAUGAAAAGGACGCACGAGGGUAUCUGCAGGCCUUAGCUUCUAAAAUGACUGAAGAGUUGGAAGCUUUAAGAAAUUCCAGCCUGGGUGCACGAGCAACAGAUAUGCCCUGGAAAAUGCGUCGUUUUGCAAAACUGGACAUGUCAGCUAGACUGGAGUUGCAGUCGGCCCUCGAUGCAGAAAUAAGAGCUAAACAGGCCAUCCAAGAAGAGCUGAAUAAAGUUAAAGCAGCUAACAUCAUCACAGAAUGUAAACUGAAAGACUCCGAGAAGAAGAACUUGGAGCUACUAUCAGAAAUCGAGCAGCUAAUAAAGGACACUGAAGAGCUUAGAUCUGAAAAGGGUAUAGAGCACCGAGACUCACAGCAUUCUUUCUUGGCAUUUUUGAAUACGCCUACCGAUGGUCUGGAUCAACUUGAAGAUUCCUUUUCUUCUUCCUCAUCUUCACUGAUUGAUUUUUUGGAUGACCGCUCUCCGUCCUGCACUCCAGCUAGCAAAGGCAGACGUACUGAUCCCGUUGAGAACACGUGUGUGCGGAAUCCGAGCGUCCGGGUUUGCAUCCAGUCAAGGUCCACAUGUCCUCCCACUUCUUGCGAAGCUGAGCCAGCUAAGACUGUAGACAGUACUCCUCUUCCUGUUCACACACCGACCUUAAGGAAAAAGGGAUGUCCUGCUUCAACUGGCUUUCCAGCUAAGCGCAAGACUCAUCAGUUUUUUGUCAAAUCUUUUACGACGCCUACCAGAUGUCACCAGUGCACCUCUCUGAUGGUGGGUCUGAUAAGACAGGGCUGUUCCUGUGAAGUGUGUGGAUUCUCGUGUCAUAUAACUUGUGUAAACAAAGCUCCAACUGUGUGUCCGGUGCCUCCUGAGCAGACAAAAGGUCCUCUGGGGAUAGAUCCACAGAAGGGAAUAGGAACAGCAUAUGAAGGUCAUGUCAGGAUCCCUAAGCCAGCAGGAGUGAAGAAAGGAUGGCAAAGAGCAUUGGCUGUGGUUUGUGACUUUAAGCUCUUCCUGUACGAUGUUGCUGAAGGAAAAGCGUCCCAGCCCAGUGUUGUGGUCAGUCAGGUGAUUGACAUGAGGGAUGAAGAAUUUUCUGUGAGUUCAGUCUUGGCCUCUGAUGUAAUUCAUGCAAGUCGGAAAGAUAUACCCUGUAUAUUUAGAGUCACAGCCUCCCAGCUCUCGGCGUCAGACAGCAGGUGUUCGGUCCUGAUGCUCGCGGAGAGCGAGAGCGAGAGGAACAGGUGGGUGGGCGUGCUCAGCGAGCUGCACAAGAUUUUGAAGAAAAACAAGUUCCGAGACCGCUCAGUCUACGUCCCCAAGGAGGCUUAUGACAGCACUCUGCCGCUCAUUAAAACCACCCAGGCGGCUGCGAUCAUAGACCAUGAAAGGAUCGCGUUGGGAAAUGAAGAAGGGUUAUUUGUCGUACACGUCACGAAAGAUGAAAUUAUCAGAGUCGGUGACAAUAAGAAGAUCCAUCAGAUUGAACUCAUUCCAAAUGAUCAGCUUGUUGCUGUGAUCUCAGGACGAAAUCGUCACGUGCGCCUUUUUCCCAUGUCAGCUUUGGAUGGACGAGAGACCGAUUUUUACAAGCUGGCAGAGACGAAGGGGUGUCAAACCAUAACUUCUGGCAAGGUGUGCCACGGAGCUCUCACGUGCCUGUGCGUGGCUAUGAAAAGGCAGGUCCUCUGUUACGAACUAUUUCAGAGCAAGACCCGUCACCGAAAAUUUAAGGAAAUCCAAGUCCCGUGUAACGUGCAGUGGAUGGCGGUCUUCAGCGAACAGCUGUGCGUGGGAUUCCAGUCGGGAUUCCUGAGAUACCCCUUGAAUGGAGAAGGGGGUCCAUACAGCAUGCUCCACUCAAAUGACCACACGCUGUCCUUUAUCACACAUCAGCCGAUGGACGCCAUCUGUGCAGUUGAGAUCUCCAGUAAGGAGUACCUGCUGUGUUUUAACAGCAUCGGGAUAUACACGGACUGCCAGGGCCGGAGAUCCAGACAGCAGGAGCUCAUGUGGCCAGCAAAUCCCUCCUCCUGCUGCUACAAUGCACCGUAUCUCUCCGUGUACAGUGAAAACGCAGUUGACAUCUUCGAUGUGAACUCCAUGGAAUGGAUUCAGACUCUCCCACUCAAAAAGGUUCGACCCUUAAACAGUGAAGGAUCAUUAAACCUUUUAGGGUUGGAGACAAUUAGAUUAAUAUAUUUCAAAAAUAAGAUGGCAGAAGGGGAUGAGCUGGUGGUUCCCGAAACAUCAGAUAACAGUCGGAAGCAGAUGGUUAGAAAUAUUAACAAUAAGCGACGCUACUCCUUCCGGGUCCCAGAGGACGAGAGGUUGCAGCAGAGGAGAGAGAUGCUGCGAGAUCCAGAAAUGAGAAAUAAAUUAAUUUCUAACCCAACUAAUUUUAACCACAUAGCACACAUGGGCCCAGGAGAUGGGAUACAGAUCCUAAAAGACCUGCCCAUGCCAGGCCUCCCUUAUCCGCCCUCGCUUCACUCCGGCCUCAUCUCCUCUCCGACCAACUUUGAGCACAUCUAUCACAUGACUGUUAAUUCCGCUGAAAAAUUUCUCUCUCCUGAUUCCAUAAACCCUGAGUAUUCCCCGUCUCUACGCUCUGCCCCCGGUACACCCAGCUUUAUGACUCUGAGGAACCCUCGGCCUCAGGAGAGUCGGACCGUGUUCAGUGGCUCGGUCAGUAUUCCGUCUAUCACCAAAUCCCGCCCUGAACCCGGUCGCUCCAUGAGCGCCAGCAGCGGCCUGUCAGCAAGGUCAUCCGCACAGAACGGCAGUGCGCUAAAGAGAGAAUUCUCUGGAGGGAGCUACAAUGCCAAGUGGCCGCCCAUGCCCUCCCCGUCGGAGGGCUCCCUGUCUUCCGGAGGCAUGGACCAGGGAAGCGACGCCCCGGUCAGGGACUUUGACGGAGAGGACUCGGAUUCUCCAAGGCAUUCCACGGCCUCCAACAGCUCCAACCUGAGCAGCCCGCCCAGCCCCGCGUCGCCCCGCAAGACCAAGAGCCUCUCCCUGGAGAGCACGGACCGCGGGAGCUGGGACCCGUGAGUGGCCUCGGCGCUCAGAGUGGACGCCGGAGCGGCCUCUCCCCCCACAGCCCCUCCGCGGCCCGGUCUCCGCUUCCCCGCCCCCGCUCCCCAGCCCCUGCCCGGGAGGCCCGGGCCGGGCAGCAGGAGCAGGGUGGGGGUUCUGGAACGCGGACGAUGCACCUGCAGCCCCCCUCACCCCCCUCGCCCCCACUCAGCCCAUACCUCCACGCCCCCUCGCCCCGACAGCAACAACCAUAAAGGCAGACUUCCACUGAGCAGCUUCGAUGAAUAUCGAUUCCAUUUCGUACACUUAGAGUUGCUUUCCAUAAUAGUGCCCCCCCCCCGCAAAGGUAGCUUGAGUAGACGGAUCCCACGGACGGCGCGGUGAGAACUUCAGGUGGACUGGUGUCCUCGGGGAGUCGCACCGUCCCGAGCGGCCGCCCAGAGCCCACAGCAGAUGUCGACCCGAUCGCCGCCAGUAAAUCCGUACUCACUAAAGCAGUGCAUAUUUUACUACAUUACAGAGUUUAAAUACGUACACAAAUGUAGAGGUUAAAUACUGAAUGUACAUAGUAAAAAGAAGCAUCUUGUAUUCAACAAAAGAUGGAUACGUAUAUAAGAGAGAGAUCAUUUAAUUUAAAGAAAUGUGUUGUUUCUUGUCUGUUUUCCAGCUCAGUACUUUAGAGGGUAGGAAGGCCUUGAGUGUAGACGCUCACAGGCUUGAGGAGUCAGAGCACCCCCCUCCCAACCCUGGCCGGCUCUCACACCGGCCGGGGCCGCAGUCCCACGGGGGCUUCAGGAAAACCUUCCGGAACUUGGUCUCCGCGCUCUGGGCUGCGGCCCGGCGCGGGCACAGACCUAGCCCCGGAAGGUUCUUCAGCAGCAGCGUCGAAAGGCUAAUCUCCUUCCAAGACCUGUCCCUUUCCGGCAGCAGGAUUCCAGCCACGCUUGUCCUUUUUUACUGUGUUUGGUAUCUUCUGCAGAUGAGUGUAGAAAUGCCGUCUUGUCAUGUCCUGAGCCCUUCCGUUGAGAGGACGCGAGGAAUGUCACGGCUUCUGAGGGUCCCUAACAAGGUUCAGAGAAGUGCUUUUCUCCUGGGCUACCCCAGUUCCCGCGCUACCCCCUGGGCGGAGGGGGGCUCGCGCUCCGCAGAGAAGCCCCAGGAAGGGUGUCGUUACCAAAUAAAAAACCUCAGAUGCAAGGACUUGAACAGCCUUAACCAAAUAUUCUUCCCCACACCGGGCGGGAGAUGGAAACGAGUGGCCCGGGCGCGGGCAGGACGCCGGUGAGCCGCCACCUGGCCCGGCCCGCAUCCCUCCCUGCGCGGCUCAGGCUCCAGUUCCGCCCAGGUGAGCACCUGCCGUUCGGCCACCGCGAGCCAGUGAAACGCACACCCAGCACAGCCCUGCUUCUUGAGACGUAGUUCGCCAGUUAAGCACAUGUGAGCGGAGGGAGAGAGAAAUAAAAAUAUCUCCUGGAAGUAAAGAGAGUGGGUCUCAAAAUGUCACUUUUUAUCUUAAAUUCCUCUGGGAGCUAGAAACGCGAUUUAUCCUCUCCCUAGACAUCAGCCAACAGGGAACCUGAGUGGCGGUGUGUGAGCACCGUCUCCGCAGGGUGCACCCCACUCGGCGGAGCCGGGACCGUUUCCAGGUCGAUGCUACCCUGAGAGGGCACCGGGAGGUUCCGGAGGGAAGGAGGUUCCCAGUGGCGGGGGUUGGGGGGGGGGGGGGACUGUGUUGCAGAAGGGUCGCGGCAGAGGAUUUACAAAUGACGGGUUUGGUAGUCCAGCGUUCGGCAGGGUGCUUGCGUGGGCAGGGGGGCUGCGGGCGGGCCUUGCGUACUACGCGGUCCUAAGCUCCUAGAUCUUUCCGCUUCGGGGAUAGAGUGGUCGUGUGAAGUGCUACCUGCUGUCCAGAUGUCGAGGAUCAGACCUUGAGUUUGCUUCCUGCCCUAGACCAGGUAGCGCUGUGAACCCAGCACUUGGGGGAGAGGAGGCCAGCCGCCUCCCCUCCUCCCCUCCUCCCGGCCCUCCCUUUCCCCUGGCCCUUCCCCUCCCCGCGUGCCGCACCCCCACGCUGAGCCUUUAGCUUAUAGCUGUGACAACCACGUGUGAAUUUUUGUUGCCUGUAGGUGCUUAUUUUUUAAAGGAUGCUUUCAGGAUCAAAGUACCCCCCCUGCCCGAAGCCUGGACCCCACUGCCGUGAGUCAUGGCGGGCAGAGCAGAGCGCCCCCUAAGGCUUGGCCCGCAGCCCGGCUCUCAGGGAACUGCACCCCAGCACUUUUUGUUUCCUCCACAGCAGGCUUACAGAGCGGUCCCCGGUGUGACAGAUUCUGACAGCAGGGCUUUGCGGGAGCAGCACCGAGGGUGAUGGGGGGCGGGGGGGUCCCCGAGAUAACGAUCCUUUCACUGGGCUCACCCCACUCGUAAGGACAGAGCCGUUGCCAGUUGCCGUCGGAAGCUUCUCGGCAUGACCUGGAAAGACCGGGGCGGGUCCCAGGGCAAACGACACGUGCUGUUCAUUCGAAGGGAUCUGCAGCAGAGACCGCAGCAGCGGCAUCGCUGUCCGAAGUCAUUUGUCGUCCCGCGGGACCUUUUAAGAACCGGUAGGGCGGCCGGAGCUCGUUUCGCAGUAGGAAGGAAGGGUCGGAGAGGCGCUCGCGGCUGGUCUCUCCGCGUUGGUAUUCGGUGCUAGGUCUGUCUGGCCCACCCGUUGUCUACCCUUGACUUCUCACGAAUUUCGUUGUGCGUGCUUUGGGUAUAUAAAAUUAUAUGCGUACGUGGCUGUUUCUUUUUGCCAAAUACAAAAGCCUUCCUCUUCGUCACCUGAUCACGGAAGAUUCCCACAGCCCCUACGUACGUGGGCGAUGCGUGCUCGGUCCCGGGAGCAGUUUGAAAGGCAGGAGCCCGGGCCGGAAGGGCCUGUCCAUUCAGUUUCCCACGCAGCCCUCGUACUCAGGCUUCUGGGGAGAAUCCGAAAUUCCUGUUUGCGGCGACAGUCUGUCACUCCCUGGCUGGCGCUCGGCCUCCGUGUGGCUCGAGUCACGUCUGUGUCGUUAGUGCCACGUGCACUUCGGCAAGAGACCGGUUGCUUUCACGCGGACUCUCAGGUAUCACUCAAGGGCCAGAGCAGGCGCGGGCCGGCGUCCCGAACACCCGCCCCCGGGCACAGCAGGGCCGUUCUGGUCACAGACACCGUGGCCCCCUGGCCGGGUGGGGCCCUGGAAACUCCCCACCCGUGUCUGGACGGAGGGGCACGCUCAGCGGCCAGGCAGGGCGCAGGCCGGGCGCCUCCGCCCCCAGCGGCCCUGGCCGGGCCCCUGACCCAGCAGGCAAGCUGCACGGCGGUUCAUCGAGCUCCCCCUGAAGCCCCUUCCCUUGUUGGGACUCGAACGAUCGCUUGAGUCCAGAUCUCUGCAGGGUCCCGCCGGGGAAGAGGGCCAGUUCGGCGGGAGCGGGUGUCAGCCAUCAGCCGGGGCCAGUGGGCCGAGCCAGCCCUCCUCCCCAGGACGACUGCCACACACGGGCAACCCUGUCGCUCAUGGGGCCAAUUGACGAAAACAGACCUUGAGAUUUCAUGAAAACAAAAUCUGCCUUUUCAUUUGAUAGUGUAAUAUCAUUUAUUUUAUAAAUUUUUUAGGGUUUUUUCUCAUUGUAAUGUACAGUUUUGCAUGGCCUAGGUGUAAUCAUUUUUUUGUUCAGAAUAUAAUGCGGACAAAUGUGUGUAUGGAAGGAAAAAGGCUGUUGCGUUGGCCUCUGAUCACUCUUGAUUUUCUUUGGUUUUAUGCCCUCAAUGUUUUAGGGAGGUUUCUAAGAGAUUCUCUGCUACCAGACAAUGGUGUGGAUUCUUUUGCACAGAAAUACUGAAGGUGGGACAGUCAAAAAUGUAACAAGACUCCUCGCCAAUAUUUUAUGUUGGUCUCGAUAUUAACCAGAAUUUGAUGUAUUGCAAUAAAACAGGGAACUGUUGGA